AGUUUUCCCUGAUUAUGCAACACACUGCAGACCCGCCGCCGCGCACAAAGCCAGGGCCGCCAGCCCGGAGACCCCGACGGUCUUUCCUCUUCGGGGUCCCCCGGGGCCUGCUUUAGGCCCCAGUAGCUGCUUCCAGACUUGAUGCUGUCCUUCUGGUUCCCUAGGUGUACCAGCAAAACCCUGGCGACUUCUGCCUAGGCAGCAUCUCUCUCCGGCCAUCAGCAGUACUUCUCUGUCAUCUCCCAUCUCUCUGACCGCUCACUGGACUUGAUCCCCUACCCUGGCAGCUUGAACUCAUUUACCUCUACCCACUACUUUCCAUUAUCCUGGGUCCUACUUUGGUCCACACUCUCUUCUCCCCAUGGCCUAACGCUUCUGGGGACCUUCUCAAGCCCCCCAACAGGGCACUAGGAAGACUGCCAGGGCAUCCACCAGGGGACGCGUUAAUAGAGGCAAGCUGCAGGUGGACACUGUUUAUACCAGGAACUGCAGUUGUUCCCAAAGUACAAGAUGGGUCUCACAAUCUCGGAAUCAUAAAUGCAUCCCCUUCACAAUGCAGGCUCCAGCUCUUUCAGGGUUACACAUAGGCUCUCAGAAAUCAUCAGGCCUGGUGUCCUCUCACAGGGCACGCUGCCCACUGACCCUAGCACUGGAACUUGCCUCCCAUAUAUGCAGGGUCACAUAUGCAGCCAUCCAGACACACUCUCGGUCACAUGGUGCACGGCGGCCUCGGUGUCACGUGGUCUCAUGUAGUGGCACACAGGCAGGCACACACACACAGGGUCACACACAAGCGCACAAAGUCACAUGGCCACACGCAGUCACAUGGGCCCACACAGGCUUAUGCUCCUGCAGGUCACACUUGCUCUGCCACCCCACACUGCUGGCACUCCUGUCCCCUCUUGCCUGCAUGCUAACAGUUGUCCUUGAACUUGGGCAUCCUUACACAAAGAGCCUCCCCUGACUCCAAUACCUUGGCUUCCCUUGCUCACCUCUUCCUCCCUAAUCCUGAGUCCAGGGAAGAUACUGCUGUUGCCUCUUCUGGUACCUAGGCCCUGACAGCAGGAAGAGGUUUGGCUCCAAGAGUAGCUAGAGCAGCUUCGGACCUACGUGGGGAAGAGUGGAUUGUUAUCCUGCCCCCUUUGACCUAAUGGCAGCACCUCCGCUGGGCCGACUGGUGCUGACCCAUCUGCUGGUGGCCCUCUUCGGCAUGGGCUCCUGGGCUGCGGUCAACGGGAUCUGGGUAGAGCUGCCUGUAAUGGUGAAAGAGCUCCCGGAGGGUUGGAGCCUCCCUUCGUACCUCUCUGUGCUUGUGGCGCUGGGGAACCUGGGUCUGCUGCUGGUGACCCUGUGGAGGCGUUUGGCCCGCGGCAAGGGCGAGCGGAUCCCUAUCCAAGUGGUGCAGGGGCUAAGCAUAGUGGGCACAGCCCUGCUGGCCCCUCUGUGGCACUAUGAGGCCCCAGUAGCAGGGCAGCCCCACUCUGUGGCCUUCCUAACGCUGGCGUUUAUAUUGGCACUGGCCUGCUGUGCUUCAAAUGUCACUUUCCUGCCCUUCCUGAGCCACCUGCCACCUCCCUUUUUACGGUCUUUCUUCCUGGGCCAGGGCCUGAGCGCUCUGUUGCCCUGUGUGCUAGCCCUGGUGCAGGGGGUGGGCCGCCUUGAGUGCCUGCCUGUGCCUGACAAUGGUACCACUGGGCCUCCUAUCAAGGUGUCUCCCAUCAACUUCCCAGAGCGCUUUUCUGCCAGCACUUUCUUCUGGGUGUUGACUGCCCUUCUGGGCACUUCAGCUGCCGCCUUCCAAGGUCUCCUGUUAGUACUGCCAUCUGCACCAUCUGUACCCAUGAUGGGUCCAGGGCUCCGGGUAGGAACUCCAGGAACAGAGGAGGAAGAGGAAGAGGAAGAGGCCUCACCUUUGCAGGAGCCACCAGGCCCGGUGGCAGUCACUACUCCCAGCUCAGACCCUAAGGCCCUUCAACUGUUCUCUUCCCGAAGUGUCGGUCUACUGGGGCUCCUGGCUGUCACCAAUGCGCUGACCAACGGUGUGCUGCCUGCCGUACAGAGCUUUUCCUGCCUGCCCUAUGGGCGCCUGGCCUACCACUUGGCUGUCGUACUGGGUAGCCUCGCCAACCCCCUUGCCUGCUUUCUGGCCAUGGCAGUGCUGUGCAGGUCUCUGGCAGGGCUGUAUGGUCUGUCUAUGCUGGGCAUGUGCUUUGGAGCCUACCUAAUGACGCUGGCAGUCCUAAGUCCCUGCCCUCCUCUGGUGGGCACCUCUGCAGGUGUGGUCCUCGUGGUACUUUGCUGGGUACUGUGUGCGGGUGUGUUCUCAUACGUCAAGGUGGCAGUCAGCUCCAUGCUGCACAGUGGAGGCCGGCCAGCACUGCUUGCAGCUGGUGUGGCCAUCCAGGUGGGCUCUCUGCUGGGCGCCAUUGCCAUGUUCCCUCCCACCAGCAUCUACCAAGUGUUUCGAAGUGGAGAGGACUGUGUGGACCAGUGUAAGCCUUGAACCUGGGACGUGUGGGACUCACAUCACCUCACUUGGUCUCCACCUGGAGAUUGCCACAUCGACUGAGCCCUGUGGCCCACGGUAGCCUCCCUACUCACAGAUACACUCGUGGGUUUUACACACUCCAUAAGAGACCUGGCUUUUGAGAAAAAGACCAGGAUGAGGACCAAAGAGCAGGCCUGGAGCCAGGGAUAGGUUGGGGCUGUGGCCUUCACCCUGGGACCUUUGUGGGAUUUGCACAAUAAAACAUUUCUCUCCAGUGA